GUGGUUGGAAAUACUUCACAUCACAUCACAUCACAUCUCUUUCAUCUAAAUCUGAAUGUUGAGAGAGAUAGAGGAACAAGGCGGAACAAAAGUUACCCUCGCUGUUUCUGACGGAGCUUCACUGCGUGACACCAGGCGGAAAUACACAAAUAAAAUGCUCCAGCAGCGUGAGUUCUCCCGAUGUGUGGGCUGAGCUGGAAGACGGUCUUUUUGUAGUGUCUCAGAUGAAUAUUUGUUCAGAUGAAGUAACGAUGAGUUCAGUCCAGAAUCUGAGAGAGUUGAUCAACGAGCGACUAACUGCUGCUGCUGAAGAAAUAUUCAGAGAGUUUGAGAAAACCAUCGUCCAGUACGAGGAGGAGAUCGAUCGUCAGCGCAGACUGCUGGAUAACAUCUGGAAACCACAGAUAACACAACACACAGCAGUCCUCCCACAGGUAGAGAUCUGUAACGAAGAGGAUAACAACUGGAAAUUACAAAUAACGUUGCACACAACAGAACUCCCGCUGCAACAGAUCUGUACGGAGGAGGAGGUUCCUGCUGAGCAGAAUGUCUGUAACCAGGAGAGGAACUCCAGUGUGGACCAGGAGGAUCCAGAGCCUCCACAGAUGAAAGAGGAACACAUGGAAAUCUGCACUAAUCUGGAUCAAGAAGACCUAGAGCCUCCAGAGCUCAAAGAGGAACAUGAGGAACUCUGCAACAGUCUGGACAGACAGCAGUCUGGACAGACGGCAGCAGCAGAUACGAGUCAAAAAGCAGAUAGCUUUAUGCUAGUUCAGUACAAGUCUAAAUGUGAAGAAUUGGCAAGAGAAAAAUUCAGUAUCUCUGAAGACACAAUUGGCCCUUAUGAAGAAGCGACUGAUUGUCACCGCAGACCAUUUAAUAUCACCAAGAAUCUCCAAAUAAAGUUACACAGAAUAGACCUUCAACAGCAACAUAUUUAUGAGGAGCAGGUUUUCACUGACCACUCGUACUGUAAACGGGAGAGGAGCUUCUGUUUGGAUCAGAAGGAUCCAGACCGUCCGCAGAUUAAAGAAGCACAGGAGAAACUCUGUAUCAGCCGAGACCAGGACAUCCUUCCACAGAUUAAAGAGGAACAGAAGGAACUCUACUGCAGUCAGGAGAGAGAGCAGCUUGAUGCCUUUAUGGGGAUUUCUGCUCAUGAAGAAAGUGAUUGCAGUGAACCAGAACCAAUUAGUGGACAACUCCUCAGUCAUAGAUCUUGUUUAGCUGAGAGCUCAGACCAGGAAGGAAGCAAGCGUCCAAACUCUGGCUCAACAAACAAUUUGGUGAUGAAGACACAUGACAGAAACAACAGUCACAGUAAUAAUGUUGAAAGCUCUUCUAUAUCACAGAUUCACUGCGAUGCUGACACAAGGAAAAAGACUGAAAUGUGUGAUGUCUGUGGAAAAGCCUUUAAAUGUAAGUUCAAUUUCAAGAGACAUUACAAAAUCCACACAGGUGAGAAGCCAUUUACUUGUGAAACGUGUGGGAAAAGUUUCACUCGAAGUCAACAUGUGACUAAUCACAUGAGAACUCACACAGGUGAGAAGCUGUACCUUUGUCAAGUCUGUGGAAAAAGGUUUUCUGAUCUUGUGGCGUUCCAAAUGCACAGAGCAAUUCACAAAGAUCAGAAUCUGCAUUAUUGUAAAAUCUGUGACAAAAGUUUCACUCAGCGUAGUAAUUUCAGAGUCCACAUGAAGGGCCACACGGGGCAGAAGCUGUAUGCUUGUAAAAUCUGUGAGAAACGUUUCGUUCGCUCUACUCAUUUUAAAGACCACAUGAAGGUCCACACGGGUGAGAGGUCACUUUCUUGUAAAAUUUGUGGCCAAAAUUUCAUUCAAAAUGGUAAUUUGAAAGUCCACAUGAGAAUCCACACAGGUGAGAAGCCGUAUUGUUGUAACACCUGUGGGAAAAGCUUCCGUUAUAAAAGGUCCCUCUUGAGCCACAUGAGAGUCCACACAGAUGAGAAACCCAACCUUUGUAACAGGGGGGUAAAGAUUUAGUGACCUUUCAGCAUUUAGAAGUCAUAAAACAGUCCACACAGGUGAGAAGUUGUAAUGUUUGUAACACGUGGAAACACAGAUGUGAAGUCAUAUUCUUAGAUGUCCACUUUAAAAUCCAUGCAGAUGAGAGGCUGUAUUCCUGAAACAUUUGAGAACUAAGCUCUAAUCUGAGAGUUAUUACAGUUUAAAGGUUGAUGUUUGAUAUUUAUGGUUCUGAUGGUGAGGUCUAUAAUCAGCUGGUCACUGGAAACUCUCCCUGGUGCUCCACUACCAGCAGGGUGCAAAAAAACACAGAUGAGAGACAAGAACCUGUUUUUCUUUAUUUUUAUUUUCAUUAUUUUGAACCUAUUCUUUAUUUAAUCUUUUUAUGUUGGACUCCACAUGUCUGAGAUAAUUUGGAAAAUGAGUCAUAUUUUAUGUAAAGCUGAAAAUAAUGAAAUAGUUUUCAACACACAAGGAAUUCUGACCUGUAGGGAGAAGAAAUGUUUCAGAGUCUGCUGUUUCUCAGUCACCAGUGAAACUGAUCAAACCUUUGAACAGGUUCCAUCCAUUCUCUAUACACCGCUUUAUCCUCACUAGGGUCGCAGGGGCUGCUGGAGUCUAUCCCAGCUGACUCUGGUGAAGGCAGGGGACACCCUGGACAGGUCACCAGUCUGUCACAGGGCUACAUAUACAGACAAACAAUCACACUCACAUUCACACCUACGGGCAAUUUAGAGUCAUCAAUUAACCUCAGCAUAUUUUUGGACUGUGGGAGGAAGCCGGAGUACCUGGAGAAAACCCACACAUGCACAGGGAGAACAUGCAAACUCCAUGCAGAAAGCUCCCAGGCCCAGGCCGGGAUUUGAACCGGGGAUCUUCUUGCUGGAAGGUGAAAGUGCUAACCACUACGUCACUGUGCAGCCCUUUGAACAGGUUGAUAAGGUUUAAUUAUUAGGCGUUAUAAUAGGUAGCCAGUUGAAAUGGUCAGAACACAUUGACACAAUAUUUAAGAAAAUGGGUAAUGGCAUCUCUAUGGUGAGAAAAUGCCUUCCUUAUGUUACUGAACACAUUUUGGGUCAGGUAGUUAAAUCCUUAAUUCUAAGUCACCUGGACUAUUGCUCACCCCUGUGGUCCUCUGCAUCAAAAGGUCUGCUGAACAAACUACAAAUUGCCCAGAAUAGAGCCGCCAGACUUGUUUUACAUUUCCCCAUCAGAGUCAACACAGAAAGUAUGCAUUGUAAACUCUCAUGGUCAAAAAGUAGGGAAAAGGGUUUCUUUAAGUACAGUCAUAUUCUUUAGCAACACUCUUUAUUCCACCAAACCUGAGUUUUUACACAAUCAAAUUAUCAGAUGUAGUCAGAUUCAGUCAUUCCACUAGAUUAGCAGAAGAUGCUCAUAUUACAUUACCAUGCCCAAAAUCUGAUGCUUUGAAAAAGGCAGUUAUCUAUCAUGCCAUCAAACUUUGGAAUAGCUGCCCCCUCCCCAUCUGACAGUAAGGCUUCAUUCAGAUACCAUCUUAGAAUGUACCUAACAGAUGAGCAAUAAUCCAGUCUGACAAGUAUAAUGUCCUAUUUCUGAGAUGUUUCUUGUUCUGUUUGUUCCUGUUUAUUGAAUGAUUGCACUGGAGACUAAUAUCAACCUGUUUAAAUGUAAUAAAAUGUAAGAUUACACAGCACUAAUGUUCUGUUAGUGUUACCGUACACAUGAUGUUGAUUUUUGGCUGAUGUGAUCUGGAAAUAUCUUUUGAUGUCAUCAAUUAUAAUAUCAGGUAUCAGCCUCUUUAAUCACUGCUUGUGUCAGUUAGACCAAAGAGACCUGUGAUACUUGACAACACUGGAUUGAUCAGAGUAAGUUGAAGUUCUUGGACAGAAUCUAAGGACAGGAAGUGUCAUCUUUUUUUGAUGAUGUAUUUUUUAAUAAAGAUUAGCAGAGAAAAUGA